CCUUUCUCCUCCUCCUCCUCCUCCUCCUCCUCUUCCUGCUGCUGCUGUAAUAGGAGCACUUGUCGCCAUGGUGACGCCGUGUCCUUUGAUCAUCUGAUCCGUUCUUGUUCGGGUUCUGCUGCAGGAUCGGGAAUCCCUCCCUCUCCUCGCGGGUGAUGGAGCAUCUUCCUCCUCCGGGUCCUGCAGCCUGACCCGCCAUGCCGAGCCGACAAAAGCAGCUCCUGUUCUCUGUGUCCGGCCUCCUCGGCCUCUCCUGCGCCCUGACGGCCGCGGUGGCCGCCGGCCUGCCCUUCUGGCUCCGCGGGGCCGUGCUGUGCCGCACCGGAGCGGAGCUCGUCAACGCCACCGGACCCGAGCUGGACAAGUUCCUGGGGGAGCUGAGCUACGGCCUGUUCCACGGACACCGGGUGAAGCAGUGCGGCCUGGGGGGCAGACCGUUCCGGUUUUCAUUCUUCCCAGACCUACUGAGUGGCAUCCCUGCAGGCCUCCAUCUCACCAUCAUCUUCCUUUGUGGUGUUUUGGUGCUCUUCUCCUCCGUGGCCUCCGGCUUCUUCUUCUUCAACGCUUUCGGGCGACCAUACGAGACCCUGCAGGGUCCCCUAGGACUCUACCUCUGGACCUUCAUCUGCUGUCUGAGCAGCAGUUUGGUUCUGAUUCUGUUCGCAUCAGAGGUGAAGAUCCAUCGUCUGUCUGAACGCAUCGCCAACUUUAAUGAGGAGAACUUUGUUUUCCAGACGUACACCGAACGUUACGACCGGUCCUUCUGGCUCUUCUUCCUCAUUUUCUUCCUCCAUGGACUGAAUGCGGUUCUGAUCCGAAUGGCCGGGAUCCAGUUCCCCUUCCAGGAGAACAAAGAGGUGGACCUGAGAGGGGGGGCAGCUGAUCUCAUGUACUGAGGAGGUCCGAAACAGGCUCAGAAAACCAGCUUCAGGUCCACCAGAACUCCCCCACAACCAGGAUCAGACUGGAUCUGGUCCCAUGGUGCUGAGCGGACUCGUCCAAGGUGGCGUACUGGGUCACAUGAUCUGUUGGUCAUGAUCAUAAUCAUCUUCAUCAUCACCAUCAAUGACCUCGCUGCUUUCUGACCUACUCUACUCUAGAAGAAGAAAUCUAUGAUGUGAUGAAGAUGAUAACGAUAAAGAUGAUUAGGAUGAUGAUGAGGAAGAUGAAGAUGGUUAUGAUGAU